AUGGCUUUUGGACUUUAUGGAGCUGGCUUGUCAUCUUUGACACAUGGAAGAUCAAAAAUCAAGGUGGAACUAAUUAAAGAUGACAAGAAGAGGAUGAAAACUUUAGUGACACGAAAGGCUGGCUUGCUCAAGAAAAUUUCGGAACUCUCUAUACUUUGCGAUAUCAAAGCAUGCAUGAUCAUAUAUGAUGAAGGAAAUAAUACUAAUUGUGAAAUGUGGCCGAAUGAUCCAAAUGAGCUCAUAAAUCUCUACAAAAAUCAAACAUUUGAAGGACGAAGCAAAAGGGGUAAAACGUUGUCCAACUAUUUCGAAAAUGAUGAGAAAAAGGGUGAUGCGAUCAAAGUAGAAAAGUAUCCGACUUGGGAUACAAGAUUUGACUAUUUAUCUCAAAAAGAAAUACAAAAUCUUGUUGGUGUUAUCUCAAAAAGGAUGGAGACUGCAAAAGGAAGAAUAGAAUUGUUGAAGAGCAUGAAUGGAAGUUGCUCACUUUCUCAUCGACAACAUAUAUGGGACUAUAACGACUUGAUGAACCAAAAUACUACUCUGUCUAACAACAACUUGUUUCAAUCAAAUAUUAGUGUGAAUUCAAUGGGAGCAAGAAUGGAUUAUCAAUUUUACAAUGCUAAUUAUUCUAUGAAUAUGAAUGACUCUGAAAAUUGGUAUGGAAUUGGUUCAAGUUCGACAAUGAUGCAGCAUAAUUUGGCAAAUAAUGGAAUCAGUUCAAGUUCAACAAUGCAGUACCCUUUCAUGUACAAUGAUAUUGGUUCAUGUUCGACAACGCAGCCAGCCUAUGGAUCAGUAUCCUGUCAUAGACACUGA